GUCUGUGGCUGCUGGGGACAGACAGAGCUGCCAAGGUCGGUGAAAGUACUUCUCUGACCAAGACUUCGGUUGUUACCUCCUGAAAAGCACUACCCCAAGAGACAAACUGAGACAAAGAGAAAGCGGAUGAUAUAGACAGCAACCCGAGGUCCUCCACCAGAGAAGGUUUGCUGGAAUGGGUAACCUGCUAAAAGUCCUAACAAGGGAAAUAGAGAACUAUCCACACUUUUUCCUGGACUUUGAAAAUGCACAGCCGACAGAAGGAGAGCGAGAGGUGUGGAACCAGGUGAACUCAGUCCUCCAGGACUCGGAGAGCAUCCUGUCUGGCCUGCAGGCAUACAAAGGAGCCGGCCAGGAGAUCAGAGAUGCCAUUCAAAACCCCAACGACCUCAUGCUGCAGGAGCGAGCCUGGAACUCCGUCUGCCCACUCGUCAUCAAACUCAAGAAGUUCUACAGUUUCUCUCUGAGACUAGAAGAGGCUCUGCAGAGUUUAUUGGAGUGCCUGACAUGUCCGCCCUUCACACCCACUCAGCACCUGGAGAGGGAGCAGGCUCUGGCCAAACAGUUUGCAGAGAUCCUCCACUUCACUCUGCGCUUCGAUGAGCUCAAGAUGAGAAUUCCUGCCAUUCAGAACGACUUCAGCUACUACAGAAGAACCAUCAGCCGAAACCGGAUAAACAACAUGAAUUUGGACAUUGAGAGUGAAGUCAACAAUGAGAUGGCCAACAGGAUGUCUCUGUUCUACGCUGAGGCUACGCCCAUGCUGAAAACACUCAGCAACGCAACCACAAACUUUGUGACAGAGAACAAGACUCUUCCACUGGAGAACACGACGGACUGUCUCAGCACCAUGGCCAGUGUCUGUAAAGUCAUGCUGGAGACACCGGAAUAUUCGAGUCGUUUCAGCAGCGAGGACACACUCUUGUUUUGCAUGAGGGUCAUGGUCGGGGUCAUCAUUCUUUACGAUCACGUUCACCCCAACGGCGCCUUCAACAAGUCCUCUAAGAUAGACAUGAAAGGCUGCAUAAAAGUCCUGAAGGACCAGCCGGCGGACAACGUAGAAGGCCUCCUGAACGCCCUCAAAUUCACCACAAAACACCUGAAUGACGAGUCCACUCCGAAGAACAUCCGGACGAUGCUCCAGUAAUAUUUGCUCUUUUUUUAAAGAAAAAAAAAUAUAUAAAUAGAUAUGAAGAGGAUCAAUGCUCUGACCUCAAAUAAGAUGUAUAUGUUUACAUUAUUUAAAAAGACUCGAUGUUAAUACUUGUGUGUAUUUACAUAGUCAUUCCCUCCAAGUUAUUGAAACCUGCAGAACAAGUACCUUGUACUUUGCAAAAAAAAAAAAAAAAAAAAGCAUCACAUGAAUUGCCUCUACUGUUAACAGCUGUCGAAGCACAAAUGAUGGAUUUGUCAGCCUUAUACUAUAAAUGAGCUUUACAAACAGCACUUGGAACUAAAUCACCAAGGCAGCAUAAAAAUGUCCUUCAACAAAUCUUUUAUUUGACAAUGGAAUUAGUUUAGUGAACAGAUUUUAGUUUAAUUCAACUUUUUUGAAUCGAAAUGAAACUUUUAUUUCAUUUUUUUUUGAAACGGAGAAAUUAAAUUCUGACACAGGUUCUCAUUUUUUUUAUCACAAAAAAAUCAACAUGAAGAACAAGUGAAGUCAUAUCAUCCUGUGUUUUCACUUGAUCAACAAAGUAUGAGAUUUAAUGACAAUAUGAAAUCAAUCAAUGUUAAGUGGACAUUUCUGUUGCAGUGAAGGGCUAAAUACCGAAAGCAGGUAAGGGAUUGAUUGGUUUGAUGAAUUGGUUGAACAUUGAACAUUUGGGUGUUUUCUCUUCUUUUUUUUUCUUUUUUUUUAUAGUCAGCUGUUGUAUUUUGUCCUUUGUUCUUUUCAAACUCCAGCCUUGUGCAUCUGAUAAAAAUAAAUCCACUGUGAACGUAAAAACAUACUUUGCACAUUCAGUGAGAUCCAGUUUGUCAAAGUUUGCUUUAACUUCGAGGUUUUGCUGAUUGAAAAUGUCGUGAUAAUGAAUCACAAAAUCAAAUCAACCAACCAAAUGUUUUAUUUAACUGUUUUGUGGUGAUGCUCUGAAUGAUCGUUGUGUGUUUUGCCAUGUUUUAAGUGACUUUUUUUGUGGCUUUUGUAUUAGGAACAGAAAAUCCAUUUCCUUAAGAAGAAAAGCCCCAAAAUGUCUUUAUUCUAAAUAAAUGACAUAUGCUUCUUAAGUGAACAAGUUUUUUUUUUUUUUUUAAGAUUUUUUUUUAUCUCUUUCCUUAAAGCUUUGAAUUCUGAUUUUUUUUAAAUCAGUUAGUCAGUGAAAUAAUUCUCCUCGUCUCCACUCGAGGGACAAAUGUGACCAGGUUGAUUUUUAUAUGAAUUUUGAUAUUUCUCAACAUGUUUAAAGCAACAUUUCGAGUUUGCUAAGCCCUUGCAAACUCUGUUAAUUGUCUUCUAUACAUCAAUCCAUGCCUCAGAUCAUUUCAUGACCUAAAAACUCGUAGUGUGAAAUAAUGUACACCUCAAAAUUUGCCUUAAAUUCGACUGUUGAACUCAGAGGAAUGACUCUAGACUUGAGCUUUUGACCUGCUGUGUGUCUGAUCAUUGUCACUUAUCACAGAGGACUGUGUACUCCUAAUUUCCUAGCUCAUUUUACUAACAUUACACCACAGACAUUCCUGAUUGUCCCUCGGCUCCUCCACAUGCAGCAGCAGCAGCUCCUGACCUGCUAAAACUCACCUGCUCACAUGGUCGGACAAUCUCCUCAUCUGUGUUGGUUUUACAUUGUGUUCAUUUAAAUUGUGGUUCACGUUUUAUGUUAUCUGUAUGAAGGUUAAUGGAUAAGAAUAAGCUUGUCUUAAAGGAUGCGACUAUCAGUUGUAAAAUCUACUUUUCCACUUUUUUCUGCUCAGAUAACUUCUUCAACUUUACCAUCUAAUAUAUCACAAUAAUAACUCUGACUUACACCACCACCACCAUCACCCCUGUGAUCCUACUUUAUGGAAAUGUUACUGGCUCAUCGUGGAGCACAGCAUUGCCUUGAAGACAGAGCAUAAGCUGACAAAUAGUAGUUACUUGUAAAGACUAUUUUUAUUUUUCAUCCACAACAUAGACUUACUUUCAUUUUAUUCCAUAAGCCACACAUACUGCACUCUGUACCAUAUACACUCCUGCCCUUUGAUUAACAUGUCAACAUUCAUGAUAAUUAACAUUAAAUUAACAUGUCAGGUAUCUAUCAUUCAUUUAAGUCUUGUUUAUUUUUGAUCCUCUUGUAUUUAGUAAUAUAUAUGGGUGCGUGUGUGUGUGUGAGUGAAUCAUACUUUGAAUGCAAUGUUUUAUAUGCAAUAAAUGAAAACUUUACAUGGAUGAGACUUAAAGUGAGGUGUACGUAUGAUAUUUCAUAUCUGACUGAAGUGGUUUUUUUAAAAAAUAAAAAUCACAUCCUCUGUCAUGAUUGAUGUACACGAAGCUUCCCUCUUCGCCCAGAAUAUGCUACUGUGUGUUGAAUGCAAGAUGUUGUUUUGAAGACUGAGACAAAAUCUUUUUUCUUUUUUUUUCUUUUUUUUUUGUCUUAAACUGACAGUUACUGUUUAAUAUUUUUGGAUUUCAGACUCAGUGUUUGUAUAAAUUGCUUUGGCUUUGUAUUGCAUUCUGAAUGGGAUGUGUGGAUUGGAUAAUAAAGGUGGUACAUUUCUUAUACA